CUCAACCCUCUCCCUCUCUCCGCCGACCGCUGCGGCAUCCCCGGGGCGGUGGGACCGGCGGCGACCCGUCCCUCACCCCCGGCACGGCACGGCACGGCACGGCCCCCGCGGGUCCCGGGACCCGGCCCCGAGGCGACUGCGGUGCGGCUGGGGCCUCCCGCCAGGCCCGGCCUCGGCAGCGCAGCGAUGCCGGCAGCCCGCGCCGGGCCGCGCCGGGCCGCCCUGCGCCCGCACCACCGCGGCGCCCCGUCCAUGGCGAGCCGCCCUCCCCUGGGCGCCCUCUCCGCCCCGCUCGCCUCCUCCUCCUCUUCCUCCUCCUCCUUCUCCUCCUCCUCCUCCUCCUCCUCCUCCCACGGAGCCACCCUCCUCCUCCGCCCCCUCUCCUUGCCAGCCUCCUCCCCGCCCUUCCCCGCACUCCACGCCGGUGCCGGAGCCGCCCGUCACUCGGACUCCAGCCCCGCCGCAGACAUGGCGACACUGACAGCGGUCCAGCCGCUCACGCUGGACAGAGAUGUUGCCAGAGCAAUUGAGUUACUGGAAAAACUGCAAGAAUCUGGAGAAGUACCGGUACACAAGCUACAGUCCCUAAAGAAGGUGCUGCAGAGUGAGUUUUGUACAGCUAUCAGAGAGGUGUAUCAAUACAUGCAUGAAACCAUAACUGUUAAUGGCUGCCCCGAAUUCCGAGCCAGGGCCACUGCAAAGGCAACAGUUGCUGCUUUUGCUGCGAGCGAAGGCCAUUCACACCCGCGAGUGGUGGAGCUGCCAAAGACUGAUGAAGGCCUGGGCUUUAAUGUCAUGGGAGGAAAGGAACAAAAUUCACCUAUUUAUAUUUCUCGCAUCAUUCCUGGAGGAGUGGCAGAAAGGCAUGGAGGGCUCAAACGGGGGGACCAGCUGCUUUCGGUUAAUGGAGUGAGCGUGGAAGGAGAACACCAUGAGAAGGCGGUGGAGCUGCUGAAGGCGGCUAAGGACAGCGUCAAGCUGGUGGUACGCUACACUCCCAAAGUGCUGGAGGAGAUGGAGGCUCGCUUCGAAAAACUGAGAACAGCCCGGCGCCGGCAACAGCAGCAAUUGCUCAUUCAGCAGCAGCAACAGCAGCAAACCACACAGCAAAACCAUAUGUCGUAGGUUAUUCUCAAGGAAAAAAAGGCCUCGAUCAAGAGUUCAGUAAUCAAGCAACCAGAGCUGUACUUCAGUAUUCCAGCAAAAAGAAACAAUUACAGGAACACAAAACAGAAUUCAUCUGGAGAAUGUGCAGUACAAGAAUAAUGUAGUUAAGAGCCAUAGGGAGGGCACCUUCAUGAUAAGGCUUUUCAGCACACGGCAGUCACAGGUACAUAGUACUUCUGUGACUCUAUUCCGAAUGAGAACAGCAUGAUGGGUAAACCCUAUGAAACAGAGAAGUCCAGGGCUUCCAAAUAAUUCUGUUUGAUCUAAUCUUGUACUCCUUACCCUGACAAAUUGGCACAUUGGCUUUCUCUAGUCACUGGAAGUUUUGUUUUAAGGAGGUCAAGAUUGGCUGCUUUUGGGGACAGAAUCUUUCUCUACCGUUAUCUCCAGAAAUGAACAAUUACAUCAGUUCAAAAUUUUGCCACAGACAUCAAACUCAUACAUCGCACUUCAUAGCCACUUUGUACUAUAUAUUGUAGAGCUGUUUUAACCUAACUUCCUGUUUAUAAUUUUCAAUUUUCCUUCUGGAAAUAGCAAUUUACUAUAUUUAUAAAGUAUUCCAUUUGUAGAAGCAAUUGGCUUUUUACUCUUGGUGUUUCCAUAUAUUUUAUUAUGCAUCAACAGAGUGAGAAAGUUUUAGGUCAAUUUUAAUUUUAUUAGUAGUAAAGUUAGGGAAUCCUAGAACUGUAUUUUUAAACGUAGGUAUUGCUUGUAUCUAUUAUAGUUACUAUUCAGAAAUCUAUAACUGGAUAUAUUAUAUAUUUAUUCCACAAAAUAUAUAUUGUCUGAAUGUACACGUUAGAGAAGUAGGGUCUUUGCUUAGCAUGUAUUGCAAAUGUAGUAAGCUAAUGUUAGCAAAAGACCAAGCUUUGUUUGGCAGAUAUUACUGUGAUAGCAUAAUCUCAGCUUUUCUGUAUUCUUUAAUUUAUUUUCCAGACUAAUGUUAAUAUAUUUUAGGGAGGAGGAAGUGUAAGUUUUUUCUUUUAAGACUCUCGCAUUAUCAUUUAAAUCAACUUAAAGGUAGAGUUCUGACUUUUUUUUUUUUUUAAUCAAACCAAAUUGGAAUGUGCAAACAAAAUAUAUAACUAAGUUCUUAAGUUUACAUGUCUGCUUUUCCAAAGAAAAUAGUCAAAGCUGGAAGGCUAUAAAUGUCAUCUACUUCCAAGAAAAUAUGAAACUGGAACCCCGAAAUUCUAAAAAAUCGUCAUUUUCAGCAUGCCUUCUAUGCUUUAUGAGAAGAGACUGGGGGAGAAAAGGAGCUUAGGGCAGAGACCUACAGUCCUUGCAUGUUGAAAACUCCAUCUGAUGUCAGUGAACGUUUAGUAACGUGAAGAACGUAGGAAUGGUCUGAACCAGUGUUCUGGUUGUGAACUUGGGACGAAGUCAGAAACAAUUAAUAUUUUGAAGGAUCUAUUCUCAAACAGAGAGAGGCAAAGCAAAACAGGGGAAGUUGGCAGUAUCAUAGCGUAUGUUAGAAACCAAAUGCAGGCUAGCCAACAGUCUUGACAGUGUUUGAUCAGUGUAAGUAGCCAUUGAAAGAAAAUUACUGUAUUUUUAAACCAAACAGCAUGAAUUCAUCCAGAGAAGCCUCAUUUUAUACAGAGACAUAAUUUAUCAAGUGAUCGUUGGUGACGAUAUCAAUUAAGACAGUGGAGUUUGAGAACUACCAGAAUUAAAGAUGAAAUAUAUUGUAUUGUGCUCCGCACGGUGUCUUUUUAUACUUAAUAAAAUUGUAUGUACCUAUUUUAAAACUGUAUUCUCAAACAGACACUGCUAUUAAUAUUGACGGUAUAUAAAUUGUUAUUAUGACUGCAUA